GGUCAGGAGUCUUUCCAGCAGGGAAAAUGGAAGACACCGCCGUGGACAUUGACACUCUUAUUGAUGAGAUGGACUAUAUUCCUGGUCACUUUCAUCUAGAUAUGAAUUUAAAUUUUGAAACUUCUGCACCAAUCAGCUUCCAAGGGAGAGACUUGAAGUUGAAACGAGAAAGUCUACUCUAUGAGUUGGAGUUUGAAACUGGCUCACAGCAAUAUGCCAUUCAAAACCUUCUCGGGGUAUUUUCCUUCUACCUGGAGGAAGUGGAGCAAGCCAAGGAGAUUUUUUUGCAUAUCACUCAGGAACAGCCUGAGAACUUAAACGCUUGGGCCAACAUGGCCUACAUCUAUGACAGGUUGAACCAGGAGCAAGAAGAGGCUGAGUGCACUGAGCAGCUCUCCCACUUUAUGGGUUUGGAUUCAGAAGACAAGCUGCAGGGAAAUCACCAGGACAGAGCAGCCCGUUGCCUGGCUGAACAGGGCUAUGCUUAUGCCUUUGAUAUCAGGCUAACAAAUGAAGAAGAGAAGAUGGAGAAACUGACUGUAGGCCUCACUCUCUACAGCAAGGCUCUGGCUUAUGGAAAGCAGAUACCUUUAGAGGAGAAACGGAGCUGGUACUUUGCCAUGGCCACUCUGCACAUCAGACUAGAUAGGGUGUGGAUGAACAAAGGGGAGGAUGAGAAGAAGAGACUGAAGGCUUUCAACAGAACUCUGGUUUUGCUUCAACAAGUACUAAAGUCAUCUAAUCUACACUACAGAGCUGUAGCCUGGUGCUAUCUUGGGAUGCUACUAGAAAGGAAAUAUUCUUUCUCAACUACUCCCCUGGGCAUUAAUGACUGUGGUUAUACUGGAACUGAUCCCCUGGAUUGCUUUGGAAAGGCAAUAGAGGUUGCUAGAGAUAAUCCGCCUGUUCUCAACCGCCUGUCAAAAAUCUUCCAUUUCCUUGGCAAGCUAGAGAUGGCAAUGGCAGUUUGCAACAUGGCUCUGGAUGUAAUCCCUGAUCCAGGACUUAACUGGCAGGCAUAUUGUAUGCGUGCUAAGAUGCUGAUUAAACUGUAUUUACGGGAUGUGGAACGUGUGAAGAUGGGCUUGGCUGAAAUGCCAGACCAGAGCAACCUUUUGGGGGCCAAAGUUGAUCUUGAAAAAGUCAUCAAAGUCCACCCCUGCCUGAAAACCUACGUUGAUCUUGGCCAAGUAUAUUACUACCUGGGAGUAGAUGCUAUGCAGGAGUUUUUCCUUGUGGAUGAAAAUGCCCUCAAUAAAGCCCUUGUGCUCUUUACUAAAGCCAUGGAAUUAGACCUGGGAAAUGUCUUGCCUGAACUCCAGGUGCUGAAAGGGAAAUGUCUUUGGAUUAAAAACGAGACUCUGGAAGCCAUGGAGUGCUUCAAGCAAGCCAUAGAGCUGGACGAUGUGGGUUCCACACACAGAGAGAGCUUCCGGUACUUAAUGGAGCUGCUGCUUACCCUGUUUGCUCAGAAGAGGAUUAACGUGGAGAUGCUAAUGAAGGAGGUAGAGCUGUGGGUGAAGAAGGCGGAAGAGAAAUAUCCAAGCCAGCAAGUGCAGCAGGAACUUCGACUGGUCUGUCGGCAUCACACCAGUGAGGUGCUUGAACUUUCCAAAGCUAUGCUGGCUCGAGGGAAGACAGAACUGGUGAAGCUGCUUUUUGAGACCAUGAAAUGUGAUUUUAAUCGAGCCAGACUGAGUGAACGUUCAUUCUCUUUUUGACCUGCUGCUUCAAGUAUUUCUUCAUUUAUCUACUACCCCAGUAGUUAAACUCUCUUUAUUAAGCAGAAAGAAACUGUAUGUUUGAGAGCUAUAAUGCUUUCUACAGACUCAAAAACCUUAUGUACCUUUGGAGAAACCAGAGUUAUGGUGAUCUUCAAAAAUGUCUGUUCUUUCUCUCUGUGUCUUUUUAAAAAAAAAAUACAUUCAGAAAUAUGGGUGCAUUGAAUCUUGCGCAUAUAGAAUGUUUGAGCGUAUUAUCUUCAUUCGCAUUGGAGCAAAAUUAGUGUACUUGUUUUUAAACCUAAUCAAAUUCUUACAAGAGUCAGAUAAGGUGUCAGAGAAAAGAGAGGAAGGAACAAAGAACUUAUGAAAAAUAAGUGAAAUGUUUAAGCCGGGGAGUCUGUAUUUACAUAGUGCUGAUACUGUACCACAGCCUCCACCUUAGAACCGGUUUUGAACUGCAGAUCUUAGCAUAUGAAAAUUGGUUCUUUAGCCAUAGGACAUAUAUCGCUUCAUAACCUUCUCUAAGUGAUUUACAGAGUCAGCAUUUGCACACAACUAUUUGGGUCCCCCAUUUUACCAACCUUGGAAGGAUGGAAGGUUGAUUCAACCUUGAGCCGAACAGGAUCAAACUGCUGAUAGUCAGCAGAAUUAGCCUGCAAUACUGCUCUGUGCCACUACGGUUGUUUAACAUAUGUUUAGACAAAAACAUUUGAAGAUUCCUGAUUUAUACUGCAGUCCCAUUUAAGCCUCCAGGUAACUAAAGCUCCUUCAAACUGAGCUUGA